UAAAUGAAAUGACGCUUAAUAAAAAAUAUGAGACUUACAAACAUUUAACAGAGAAAAUAUACACUAAAUGUCUGCAAAUACAAACAGAAAAUGAACGCAGCAUUAUGAGAGUAAAUGAAAUAAAAAAGUUACUACGCCGAAGAACAUACGACGUCAUGUUAUUAAAAAAUAAACUGGACAAAUAUGGUGAUAAUUGGCGUUCGAUACCAAUUAUGGUACCACAACCCAAGGGAAAGCCUGAACAAAAACGUCGUGGACCAAAACCUAAAAGUAAACACGUAGUUUCAAAUACAGCAGCCGAAGUUAAAGAUACUACACCUCGUAAACCCAGAAAACAGCGUAUGAAACCCCAAUCAAAUAAUCUUCAAAUACGGACACAACUAUCUAUAGCUACAGCUUAAAAUUUCUUCGAAUUGCGCUUCUGCUAUAAUAAUUACAAUAAUUU